ACCCUCCCCUCUGAUCAAAGUCUUCUUCAGAGAGAGAGGGAAGGAAAGAUGAGAGCUCCUUAUAUAUAUUAAUUCUUGGCAAGCCAUUUAGAACUAGGAAUUUCUUGAGGUUCAUAUGCUACAGCCAAGCUAUGUUCUGUGGGACAGGAAGCUUCAAGCGCAUCGACGAGGACCCAUGGCUUCCAACUUCAGCUCCCGGGUCGCCAAAGGGAUCUAAGAGGAAGGCCAACAAGAAUCCAUACUCGACCAGGGGGCUGGACAAGUUCUCGACCGUGCUCGCCGAGCUCGAGGCCAGGAGGGAGAAGAUCAUGGCGAAAGCAGGAACGCAGGGCGUCUCGAUGGUGCGGUUCAUGCAUUCGAAUUCACAAGAGUGGAUCCCAAUUAUUGUGAAGCUGAGAGAAGAUCAGAAAGAAGAGAAGACAAAGCCGGCCGUUGGAAAGAAGCCCAAACAACUAGAAUGGCUUCCAAGCCAGCCCAAUUCAGAGGGCGUCAAGGAGUCGGCUCCUCUGGUUGGAUCUGUCGACGCUAAGGAAGCUGCAGAGAGGAAGAUGAAGAAGUGCUUCUUUUGGGGUGUCAAGGAGGGUGAGGUUGUGCCAUGGAGGUGGAGGCCUAGUUAUUACUGGCCUUUGGGGAUGGUGUUGAUAUUGGUUGGCUUGGUGAUGUUUGGAAGGGUGUUUGCCAUAUGUUGCACUUCUAUAUGGUGGUAUUUGGUACCCACCAUGAAAGGAGGAAGUGGGGAUGCAAGGAGAUCUAUGAAGAAGAAAGACUAUAGGAGGAUGCCAAAUGAUAAGAGAUCGGGUCGUAAUUUGGGGGUGGCACCUUCUUUUCAGGCCAAGAAGGUGGGGGGUGUGCAGGAGAUAUCAUCACCCAGAAUCCAUGGAAAUGGGAAGAGAGGGUGAGAUCAUGGAAAUGGGGAUCAUUCUUCAAGCCCCACAAACCUUCUUCUUUUUUUCUUUUUUUUUAAUCUGUACGUUUUAUGGGGUUUUAUUUUACCUUUUGGGGUUCAAUCCACAGUUCAAUACUGUUGGAUGUUUGUUUUCCCUUCAAUGAUUUGACUAAUCAGCAAGUCUUUUUUUUUUUUGGAUCUUCCCGUUUAGCUAACUUUAGGAGUUGUUGUCUUGCUAAAUUAGAUCGAAAUGUGAAAGUCCGCUGGAACCAGAGGUAUUUUGUUAUUCAAAGGAUUAAAGUUCACCGUCUUUUUGGGAUUAACCUUUUGGUUGUGUGGCAAAAGCUCACAUGAUGCCUGUUGUGGGAGGUAACCAUAUGACCAAUAUUUUAAAGAGAUGUACCUCUAUUUUAGGUCGCAUUUGAUUUAAUCUUGGCACAACAGUAUGAUUAUUUUAUUGUCAUUUGGAGAUCAUAGGUCGGAAACAUAGAAAUAGUUUCUUCGCACGAAUCCAAGACUACAAAUUUAUAGUUGUGUCCAGUGAAUAAAUGGAUAGAGAUCUCCAUGGCUCCAAUUCAAGUGAAAUAAAAUGCAACAAGCUUUUCUUCUUAA